AUUCAAUUCCUUAAAAACUGGUUUUAAAAUGAUUUUUCAAAAUUUUUUGCCUGAAUUAUUUUUCGUAAUUCUAACCUAACUUUUGGCAAAAGGUCCAAUCCGCGAUCCCUGAAGAUGUUUUAUUUUAUAAAUAUUAUUUUUGAUAUUUAAGAAUUAAAUAUCAACUGAUAUAAACGUUAUUGUAAAUUUUUAUAAUAUUCAAUAUUAUUUUAAAAGAUUUAAUAUAAAUAGAAAAACACAGAAUUAGAAAAAAGAGAUAAAGAUCUGAAUGUUUAUGAUACAAUUUUCGAAAAAUUUUAGCUAGACACUAGAUUUUGAGUGUUGCAAUGGACAAUGCCACGGAUGAUGAGGAUAUAUCUUUUCGUCUUGGGGAAUUGUUUGAGAGUUACGAGGAACUAGAGCAGAAAUUGGAAAAAUUUUCGAAACAAAGUCUUGUGCAUUACUGGCGACGAGACAGUAGAACAGUAAAUGGUGCACAUAUGAAAACAGCUCGUCCUAUAAGUGCAAGAUUAAAAUAUUAUUCUGUUAAAUAUGCCUGCAUUUAUGGUGGACAAAAGUUCUUUCCCCGAGGAGCUGGAAGACGACAAUCGCAAUCUAUCAGAACCAAUUGUCAGGCUCACAUUAUGUUAAGAGCUUCAAAAGACGGUACAAAAUUGGAAGUAACGAGUGUAAAUAAUGAACACAAUCACGAAAUUUCAGAGGAACUAUUCAAAAAUUUACCUCAAGAAAGAAAAUUGUGCGGUGAGAUAAAACAGGAGGUUCAAGAUUUAAUGCAACUGCACAUUGAUCGAAAACGACUAAAGGAAUACGUUCGAUUGCGGACUAAUAAAAUAUUACGUUCAAAGGAUUUAUUUAAUAUCGCGGCUGCUAAUAAGCAUAAAAAGGAAAUAACACCCGAGCGGGCUUAUCAGCUUUUUAAGAAGAUACACGACAUUGAAAAUAUUCAAAAGAAAGAAUCGAAUCGAAAGAAUUUCAUCGAGUGCGAGGACGAAGUGUCGCGAACCAUAAAGAGAUUGAAAACCGAACAGGAUCCAUCAUGCUGGGCUCAAAAUAGUUUAUCGAACGAAUUAGAAGCGGGAGAAGGAAACGACGUUGAUGACAAUUAUUGCGAUCCUCUAAUGCAAGAAGAGUCUGUCGAUGAGAUGAGUAAUGCCGAAAGUCAAUUGGUCAGUGCCGCAAGAGACACGGAUAUGAUAAGUGUUAAUGGAGAAAUUGUCGGCGAAUUAGUGAUGGAAGACGGAGAUCCGUCUGUUAUUGUCGAAUCAAUUGUCAAUGCCGAUGGUUCCGUAUUUGUCGACGAGAGAGAAUUUAAUACCUAUCCACUAUCCUCCAGCGUUCAAGAUAGUCAAUCUCCAAAUCAUGAAGCCCUCUCUCCAGAGUCGAUAUCAGCUCACAUUGACGAUGAGAAAAUGAAGAAAAUAAAUCCCAGUUCAUCGCAUUUUGUACAAAAAGUCCUGUCAAAUCGUUCAUCACCAGUGAUAAAAUCUCCGAAUCCACUUCAUGAUUCGGAGAAAAUUUGGGUCGUCAAGGAAGGUGCACUCGAUACGGAAGCAGACAGCGGUGCAGAAAGUGAGGCAAACGGUGUGAAAACAAGAAAUAUUAUAAAUCCCGAAAGUAACAAUAUUCGUGAAAUAAUGAUAUCGGACGAAAGUGAACCUUUAUUGAUACAUCAAAAAUUAGCUGUUCUUAAAGCUGAGGAAGAGAAACUUUUUCAUGAGACUGAAAUGUUAAAAUUAAAAAAGGAAAAAUUGAGAUUAGAAAUCAAACUUCUCAAGUCAAAAGUAAUGGAAGAUAGUAAUGAUGUUUCACACUAUAUUUUUGUGCCUUGAGUUUAAAUAACUCUAAUUAUUAACAUUAUUAUGUAUAGGGGUGCGUAGAAAAUUUAUGUAAAUUUUUAUAGUUACGCACAAAAGCGAUAAAAAAGAAAGAAAAAAAAACUGAAAAAUAGUUAAAUAAUCGUUAAAUAGUUAAGAUUUAAAGAGGCUGUUAUUUUCAAAACUAUAUUUAUUAUGUACAGCUAAAAUAUUUCACGCGUUUUUUUAGAAAUUACAUUUCGGUAGUUUUCUUGACAUUUUCUUUGUGUGUUUUUUUCUAAAAAAGCAUUUUCUUUUCUGAAUGUAGAGAGAAGAGCACUUUAAUAUUUUUCAAGUAUAGUUAAUAGUUAUACAAAGUGAUGUGUAAUUUAAAUACAGUAGCAGACAUUUCGGUUUAGUUAAGAAAAUUUGUCCUGACAAAACCACGUAUUUAUAUAAUUAUAUGUUAAAUGUAUAUUUAAUUUUGUAUUUUGUUUCAAUUCGAUUAAUAUUUCAAUUUUAUUCAA